GUGUUGAAUUAGUAGAGACAGCAGCAACAAAUGUUUACCUCAAAAUAAUCAUGGGCAAAAAAGUAUAUAAUGCCAAGGCGCGGCAAAAUCCACAAACCAUUGUCGACAAUUCGGCUGUAAAGAAUAUCAAAAUCAUAACUGAAGAUGUUGUCGGAGACAGCUGGAGUGGCAUUCCCACUGGUUACGAUGAGGCCAACGCGCUCGUCCUACCUUCACAGAAGCGCUCCACCAAAAUCCAAAUCGAGAAGCGACAGAAUGUCAAGAUUCUCUCCAAGAAGCAGCGUAAACAUUUGCAGUCCAUUGUCGACAAGAAGAAGAAGAAGGAGGGCCGCGCACAACUCCUGGCGGAUUUGGCUGCAGUGCAAAUACCCGCAGCCGAACUGCUGCAAUACACAUCGAUCAGCCAGGCGCAAACAGUGGGAUUAAAGCGUUUGCAGACCCUUGACGAAGUGCUGGCGAAAAAGCAGGCGCGACAAUCACAGCAGCUGGUCGAACAGCACCAAAAGCAGGGCAGGCGUGUCAAUGGCAUCAAGGGUGCUGGCAAGCGCAAAUUGCUCAUCGAAGAGCAGGAGGCGCUGGAUGCCAAACGCAAAAAUCCAAAUAUAAUAAAUGCCGACGACUCCACGGAUGAGAGCGACAGUGAAAGUGAUAGCGACAGCAGCCCAACUGCACCAGAAACGCCAGCUAAAUCUGAACCUGAAGCGGUGGCCAUUGAACAACAGCAGCAGCCAGACAAGCCGAAACCUCAGCCAAAGCCAAAGACAUCUCCAGCAACAACGGCACCAGUUAUACCACAUCAGACAGUCUAUGUGCCCGUGCAUCGCACGGAUGAGGUGCAGGCGGCGCGUUUACGUCUGCCCAUCCUCGCUGAAGAGCAGCAGGUGAUGGAGCUGAUCAAUGAGCAUCCGAUUGUGAUUGUUGCCGGUGAGACGGGCUCCGGCAAAACCACACAGGUGCCACAGUUCCUCUACGAGGCUGGCUAUGCCCAGCACAAGAUGAUUGGCAUUACGGAGCCGCGCCGCGUGGCCGCCAUAGCGAUGUCCAAGCGUGUGGCGCAUGAGAUGAACCUGCCUAGCAGCGAGGUGUCCUAUUUGAUACGCUUCGAGGGCAAUGUGACGCCAGCGACGCGCAUUAAAUUCAUGACCGACGGCGUCCUUCUCAAGGAGAUUGAAACUGAUUUUCUGCUCAGCAAGUAUUCGGUUAUUGUGUUGGAUGAGGCGCAUGAGCGUAGCGUGUACACGGAUAUAUUGGUGGGCUUGUUGUCGCGCAUUGUCCCACUCCGCCACAAGCGCUCCAAUCCACUGAAGCUGAUCAUCAUGUCCGCCACGCUGCGCGUCAGCGAUUUUACAGAGAAUACGCGACUUUUUAAGGUGCCGCCGCCAUUGAUCAAAGUGGAAGCGCGACAAUAUCCGGUGACCAUACACUUUCAGAAGCGCACACCGGAUGACUAUGUGGCCGAGGCGUAUCGCAAGACGCUCAAGAUUCAUGCCAAGCUGCCCGAGGGCGGCAUUUUGAUCUUUGUGACCGGACAGCAGGAGGUUAAUCAACUGGUACGCAAGCUACGACGCGCAUUUCCCUACACGGUGCAGCAGAAGGAGCAGAAGGAGCAGCAAGAUCACAAGCAGCAGGAGGAGCUAGAGCCAGAAAAGGAGUUUGAUCUCAAACGCACCAUACGCAAUAUGCGCAAGUCCAAGAAAAAGUUUCUCAAUCAAAUCUCGUUGCCGAAAAUCAAUUUGGAUGACUACAAGUUGCCCGGCGAUGAUACCGAGGCGGAUAUGCAUGAAGUUGCCGAUGAUGACUCCGAUCCGGAGGAGCAUGAUCUGCUGGAGGAUGAUCACUUAAACGAACUGACUGAUACUGCGUCAACCAAACAACCGUUGUGGGUGCUGCCGCUCUACUCGCUACUCUCGUCGGAGAAGCAGCAGCGCAUCUUUCAGCCAGUGCCCGAGGGGUGUCGUCUGUGCGUUGUGUCCACCAAUGUAGCAGAAACAUCGCUAACCAUACCACAUAUCAAGUACGUUGUCGACAGCGGCAGACAGAAGACGCGUCUCUACGACAAGCUGACCGGUGUCAGUGCCUUUGUCGUCACCUACACAUCCAAGGCUUCAGCCGAUCAGCGUACGGGUCGUGCCGGACGCAUCAGUGCGGGCCAUUGUUAUCGCCUAUACUCCAGCGCCGUUUACAACGACCUCUUUGCCGACUUUAAUCAGCCGGACAUACAGCAGAAGCCUGUCGAUGAUUUGAUGCUUCAGAUGCGUUGCAUGGGCAUUGAUCGUGUGGUGCACUUUCCCUUUCCAUCGCCACCCGAUCAGCUGCAGCUGCAGGCCGCCGAGCAUAGAUUGGCUGUGCUGGGCGCCCUGAAGCCGAUAAGUAGCGGCGUCACAACGGAUCUGCCGCCAGCUGUCACCCAGCUGGGUCACGUCAUCUCCCAUUUUCCUGUCUCGCCACGUUUUGGCAAAAUGCUGGCGCUGUCCAAUCAGCAACAGUUGCUGCCGUACACUGUGUGCCUGGUCGCGGCGCUCUCUGUGCAGGAGCUGCUCAUCGAUACGGGCGUGCAGAGGGAUGACGAUGUGCCAUCCCAUUCCAGUAAAUUUCAUCAGAGGAACAUGAGCUGGGCGGCCGGUGGCAACUACAGGCUGCUUGGUGAUCCCAUGGUGUUGCUUCGUGCCGUCGGUGCAGCUGAAUAUGCCGGCACCCGGGGCAAUCUGGCCGAGUUCUGUGAGGCGUACGGGCUGCGUCCCAAGGCCAUCAAUGAGGUGCGCAAGUUGCGCGUCCAGCUAACCAACGAGAUCAAUCUGAAUGUCAGCGACGUGGAGCUAUGCGUCGAUCCGCAACUUAAGCCGCCCAGCAAUGCACAGGCCCGAUUCCUCCGGCAGAUACUGCUAGCUGGUAUGGGUGAUCGGGUGGCGCGCAAGGUGCCGCUCGACGAGAUUACCGAUAAGGAGGAGCGGCGACGUCUAAAGUACGCCUACAAUUGUGCAGACAUGGAGCAGCCAGCGUUUCUACAUGCCACCUCGGUGCUGAGGCAAAUGUCGCCCGAUUGGAUCGUCUACCAGGAGGCCUACGAGCUGAUGCAUGGCGACAGCAACAAGAUGUUCAUACGCGGCAUCACCGCCAUCGAGCCCGAGUGGCUGCUGCUCUAUGUGCCAAUGCUGUGCAACAUACGUCAGGUGCUUGACGAUCCAGCGCCACGUUACGAUGCGAUAAAGGGCCAAAUCUAUUGCUAUGUGGAUGCCACAUUCGGCAAGGCUGGCUGGCAGCUGCCCCUUGGCGAGGUGGAGAUGCCGCUCAAUGAUAAGGCCUGCUGCUACUUUGGCAUGUUCCUGCUCGAUGGGAUCGUUUGUCCGCCACUGGCUGCUUUCAAGCCCAAACUGAAGUCGACGCCAGGCUCACUGAUCAAGAGCUGGUCCAGUCUCAAUGACAAGGUGCAGCGCUUUAAGUGGGCGCUGACCACCAAACAGAUUCACACGCGGCAAUCCCUAUUCGAUCAGUGGAAGACGGAUCCCAAUUUUCUGCUCGAGGAGUAUCAGAAUCUGCUGUACGAUGUGGCACUUAGCGAACUGACACCCAUUUGGCCACCUAAUAAACCAGACCCAGUUGCCUUAGCGUAGCAGUCAAUUAUCCCUGCCACGUGACUUGGAAAGUCGUCAAAUGUAAUUAAAUGUUUUAAGCCAAAUUUGGAUUGUUUGAAAACUAUUGGUUCUGCUCUGCAAGUGAUAUUUAUUCAAGGGAUGAGACCCAUAAUCCUUGAAUGAAGAUCUACUCCUCAAUAAGGACGGCUAUCAAAUUGGUUUCACUAUUUAUAAAAGUUCAGUUAUAAAAAGAACUAUCAAUUAAAUGAACAAUUCUUGGCAUUUGUAUAACAAGUUUCA